UUAAUCAACCCCUCCAAACCCUUUCCCUCAUUCACAACAAGACCUCAUCAAUCUUUGAUCACCCUUCACGAGUUCACUUCACUCCUCCAAAACACAAAACCUUACUUCAAUAUCUUUCUUCAACUCACAUAUGGACAGCAAAAGCCACACACACAGAACGGAAAGAACACUAGAGCUCACAGUCUUAUCCGCGGAGGAUCUCCGCGUGGACCGGAACCUCAACACCGAGAACAUAUAUGUUGUGGUUCGAGCCGAGUCCAUCCACUCAUAUGCUACCGGCACUGCCGGUAGCAACAGCAACAGCCACAACAAUUUCUCGUGGAACGAGAAGUUGUUGGUGGACAUGCCAGUCCAUGCAAGGUCUAUAACGUUGGAGGUGAAGUGCAAGACCUCAAGGGGUAGUGGCAGUAAGGACAUAGGGGUGGCGAGGGUGGCGGUUUCGGAUUUUUUAGGUGGUUCUGUGCCGGAUGAUUGCUUGCAGUUCUUGAGUUACCGGUUGAGGAAUUGGGAAGGGAAGCGUAAUGGUGUUGUUAAUUUUUCUGUAAGGCUGAGGACGCGGGAACGUGUGGCUGCAACGCCGGAGAUGGUGGUGGGUUCUUGUGGAUUUCAGAUUUCGAGAGUUUCUGUUACUGGCGGUGUUGUUACUGGUGUUCCCCUUCUGUGGAACAACUAUGCAAGUCGCAAUGUUUGAAAAUGAAAAACUUGAAAAAUUGAAGAAGGUGUUAUGCUUCGCUUUUGCCAGAGAAUUCUGGCUGUCAAUUAUAUGUAAUACAAAAGAAUGAUUAGGAAAACAUAAACUUACGGUUUUAUAUAUGAAAUCAUGUGCUAUAUUUUGAAGCUUAAAUAAUCAUCAAAUGUUUCAAAAGUCCUUCAUCA